AUGUCCUUCGACGACGAUGACGAAGACGACAAUCCUGCCGCCGAACCGCCCUCUCAAACUCCAAAUGGCGCGUCAACCGCCGAAGAGGCCAUGGAAGACGGCGUCCCAGAUUACAGGCUCUUCUCAUCCAUGUUCAGCAAAAACAACGUCUCCAGCAAAGGCAUCCGCAAGGGCGAAAAAGACUUUGAAUCCCACGGCACCCAAGCGCAGGAGAACACCCUCGAGGCAAGCAGACAGGCACUCGAUGAUGUCCUCCGCUACAGCCGCGUCCACCGCCACGAAUCCUGGAUCCGAGCUUGGUAUUUCCCAGACUGGUGGACUCAGCAGCGGCCAGACGGCAGUCCAGACGAUCCACUGCUUCACGAGCGCGUCGUGGUGGUAGAACACGAACGCGGCAACUGGAUGAGAGACAUUGGACGAGCUGUUUCCGGCCACAAAGACCAACUCGGGGUGGGCCGGCUCUGGCUGCUCCCCGAAGAAGCACUAUAUUUAAUCGAACGAGGAACCGUGGACAUCUGGUGGCCCGAUAAGGAACUCGGAGUGCUCCUUCCACGGCGCGUUGACAGCGGACCUGCCAGAAACCAGUUUGGCCCCGAUGAUUACGACGCCGGCGUGCCGUUGACCGUGGAAGCAGCGUACUCCUUGUUGGUGGGAUACGAAGGCGAGUGCGGCAAGACGACGUUGCCGAAAUUCCAAGUAUACACUCAUCUCAAACGAGCUGGAUUCCACGUCAUGCGCGCGCCGACAAAUCCUGAAUUCGGACACAUGGGGCCAUCGCCGCCCCCGCCGUGCUCGCAAUCACUAUGGCAGUGGCUCUUCUCUUUGGUCAGUCGACAAGAUACACCGCGUCAUGGAUCCUACGGCCCCCUCGUGCAGCAAGGUCUCUACAGAGCAUAUCGUCCCAUCUACCAACAACUCGCCGUCAUCCCACGACAUAUACCAUCGGUGCAUCCUGAAGAACACCACCUUGUCCAAGAACCCUUCCGAGUUCACUUCCACGUCUGGAAACCCGGUGGCAAUGCCUUUUCCAAGAAAAACCCUCCUGCCCCGGAUUUUCGCGUCAGCGUUGCAGAUACAGCUGAUUCCGGACUACCUACCCUAGAGCAAAUUGAGGCACUGCUGGAAUCGACGCCGCUUAAUUUGCCCAAUCCGGCAUGGCAAGGGCCAGGGAAGCUAUACCAACGACUGAAGCACGGUCAUCGAAAUGUUCUCGUGGCGGUGGUGGACCGGGGGCUAGUCAACUUUAUGAGAUUUGGAGAGGCAGCCUUUGGAGAAGAACGCCUCUUUGAGAGGUUCGAUUCACGAGGCGGCGGUACAAGAGGUGGCAAGAAGGGCGGACGCGGUCCUGGACGCGGGCGCGGACGCGGCCGUGGCAGAGGUAGGGGAAUUCGGACUAAUGGUGGCAGAGGUUGA